CUGCGCAAUUCACCGAGUGUCUGUUUGUUUUCUCUUAUCCUCGUGCACGGUUUGAUUUUUCGUUCGCUUCGAAAACAGUAAAAUUGCAGCCGAAAUGAAUACACCAGCGUUAUACCUUGCGGACCCAAAUAAACUUGAAAAGGUUCUUGAAUUGUUACAAGGCCUUGUGCUAACAGCAGAGACACAGAGGAAGAUUAGGGAUGUUUUCGAGUCUGAGAUGGAACUAGGGUUGGCCAAAAACCCUCCUGUUGCCUCUUCGCUGCAAAUGGAAAACACUUUCUUGCCGGAACUGUGUGAUGGCUUUGAGGAGGGAGAUUAUUUGUCUCUAGAUCUCGGUGGGACUAACUUCAGAGUCAUUUGGCUGAGCAUCAAGUCUGGAGCUGUGAUUAAUGAAGAAGUUCAAUACUAUCAGGUACCAGAGGAUGUACGACUUGGACCAGGGGUGAAGCUAUUUGAUUUUCUGGCCGAGUGCAUUCACAACUUCAUGGACGGCAGACAACUAAAGGGACAGAAUCUUCCAUUGGGAUUCACAUUCUCAUUUCCCAUGACCCAACGUGGACUGGAUGUUGGCAUUCUUGUGUCAUGGACUAAAUCUUUUAAUUGUUCCGGCGUUGUUGGUGAAGAUGCCGUAAAAAUGCUUAAUGACGCUAUUCACCGACGUGGAGAUACAGACGUGGACGUUAUUGCUGUUUUGAACGACACAACAGGAACUCUGGUGCAAGGAGCUUUCGUCGACAGAAAAUGCGCAAUUGGAUUGAUUCUCGGCACAGGAAGUAACGCUUGCUACAUUGAACGGGCUGACCGAAUUGAAAAAUGGGAAGGGAAAGACAAGGGCGUCGAAGAGGUCGUUAUAGAUGUUGAAUGGGGUGCCUUCGGCGACAAUGGCGUACUAGACUUUAUCAAAACAGAAUACGAUAAAGAGGUCGAUCGAAACUCUCUGCUCGUUGGAUCUUUUACGUUUGAAAAACAUUUUGGAGGCAAAUACCUUGGUGAGAUUGUGCGUUGCGUAUUGGUUCGCCUCACGAAGGAAGGUCUCCUCUUUCAAGGCAAUGCAUCCGAACACCUCCUACGACACGGCGCCUUCACGACUCGCUACGUUUCGAUGAUAGAAGAGGACAACGUGAACGGAGUCGAUGUUAACACUACCACUGCUUUGAAAGAGCUCGAGUUAAGCUUUAAUCAGGAGGACAUAGACAUCGUUAAAUACAUCUGUUGGCUCGUAUCGGACCGUGCAGCCAUCCUCGUUUCCAUCUGUACGGCGUCACUUUUGGAGCGUAUGAAUCGACCGGAAACGACGGUGGCGAUUGAUGGAUCUCUCUUCAAGCACCAUCCUCGUCUUAAAUCAUUUAUGGAGAAGUAUAUUGCCGCCAUGGCACCAGCUAACAAGUUCAAGCUAAUGCUUGCCGAGGAUGGAAGUGGAAAGGGUGCUGGACUUAUAGCAGCUAUUGCUAGCAGGUUGAAGAAAUUACAAGCCAAGGCCAACUAAGAAACAGAAUUUAUCAGUUGGCUAUUACAUUCCAGACACAGAAUUAUUUGUUUGUCUUGUGAAAACAUAAAAACGAUCAUAAAAAUUAUAAACUGUC